UGGUCUGGCAUUCCCGCUUUCGCUUUCACGGAUCACCAUCCACCCUGCCCCUCCAGCCGAGUUCCUGCCACUUCCACCUUUGAACGCGACGCGAGCGAGCGAGCUCGGCUCUUUUUCACCCCCUGCCUCUCCCUCGGUCGAGUUCUCGGCUUUUGCCGAACGAAAGGCACCCGGAACCCAACGACAGCAGCAGCAGCAGUCCAUUCCAGCACUGGGCCGGGGCAAAGCAGGGAUGAAAAUGAAAAAGGAGGCGAGAUAAAAAGGCGGAGGAGAAGCAAAAGAGGCGAGGCUACAGCGGCGGCAGCAGAGGGCAGGGCAGGGCAGGGCUGGACCGGUGCUCGGAAAGUGCGGAGCCGUUUCCCCUCUAGUCGCCUGCCUGCUUGCCUCCACUCGCCCACGCCCGCGCCCGCGCCCGCCCGACCUUACUCUCUCCAGGGCCAGGUGCUCUCGCUGCUAGCGCGCGAGCGCAUCACCUGUGCGUGCGCGAGCCCCGAGGAGGGCGCCGACGCGCGCGCGGGAGAGAGACGGCUCUUGAUCGCACUCGUUCCCUCGCCAUGUCGUCCGCCGCGGGCGCGUACGGGGGCGGUGCCGGGAGCGGCGCCGAGCCCCACUGCCACGGGCACGGGCAUGGCGACUUCCUGCUGCACCACCAUGCACAGCACGUGGCGGGGCACCUGUACCACGUGCCGCAGCACAGCCGGCGCGAGAAGCUCCGGUUCCCGUCGGACGCCGCGGCGGACUCGACCACGCACGCUUCCGCCCCGUACCAGCAGCAGCCCGGGGCGUGGCCGCCGCCUCCCCCGGCGUUCUACUCCUACGCAUCCUCCACGUCGUCCUACUCCCCGCACAGCCCCACGCUGGCGCAGGCGCAGCUCGUGGCGCACGGCCUCGCCGUGGCGCCGCUCCCGCAGAUCCCGACGCAGAACUUCGCGCUGUCGCUCUCCUCCUCGUCAUCGAAUCCGCCUCCGCCACCGAGGAGGCAGCUCGGCGUCCCCUCGGGGUCCUACGGGCCCUUCACCGGCUACACGGCGGUGCUCGCGCGGUCGCGGUUCCUCGCCCCCGCGGAGAAGCUGCUCGAGGAGAUCUGCAACGUGGGUGGCGCGGCCGCGCACGUCGACCGGAGCGUCCCCGACGAUUGCUUGCUCGACGCGGAUCCGAUGGAGGCCAUCGAUCACGAUAUGGACGGCGGCGACCGCGCGGCCUCUGACGCUGGCCCCAUCUCCGGCGCCGAGCAGCAGUGGAGGAAAACAAGGCUCAUCUCCAUGAUGGAAGAGGUUUGCAAGAGGUACCGGCAGUACUACCAGCAGGUCCAGGUCGUGAUCGCCUCCUUCGACACCGUCGCCGGGUUCAGCAAUGCCGCCCCGUUCGCGGCGAUGGCUUUGAAGGUAAUGACGAAGCAUUUCAAAUGCCUGAAAGGCAUGAUACAGAGCCAGCUGCGCAACACGACCAAGUAUACUGCCGCUAAGGAGGGGCUCAGCAAGGACAUUGCCAUGUUCGGGCUCGCCGCCGGUGGCAGUGCCGCCGCGGGCUUCCAGAGAGGGAGCAGCGUGACGGCGUUCGGCCAGCCGCAAAACAUCUGGCGGCCGCAGAGAGGGCUCCCGGAGCGCGCGGUGUCCGUGCUCCGCGCAUGGCUGUUCGAACACUUCCUGCACCCGUAUCCUACUGAUGGAGACAAGCAAAUGCUGGCUAAACAAACAGGUUUAACACGGAACCAGGUAUCCAACUGGUUUAUUAAUGCACGGGUUCGGCUGUGGAAGCCGAUGGUGGAGGAAAUCCACAACCUCGAGAUGAGGCAGAUGCCCAAGCAUCCAGCGCUGGACAAGAGUCAGCAUGGCAUGUAUCACCAGACCCAGCAUUCGUCUGAGUGCAGCGGGAAGCCCUCUGAUCCGUCAGAUUCUCAGUUCGGACAAAGCAGCAGCAUCACGAGGAACCACAACAUCCCUGCCUCUCAGGGUCAGGGCUUCCCGGACGAGCUCUCCCAGAUGUCCCACUCCAUCCAGGGACAGGUGACCUUCGCGUACAACGGGCUGUCGACGCCGCACAGCAUGACAUCGUCGCAGCACCAGCAGCAGGUUGGAGCAGUCGGCAGCAUCGGCGGGACAGGGAACGGCGGCGUCUCCCUCACCCUCGGCCUUCACCAGAACAACAACAGGGUCUGCAUCGCCGAGCCGCUCCCGGCGUCUCUCCCGCCCAACCUCGCCCACCGUUUCGGGCUGGAGGACGUGAGCGACGCAGCCUACGUGAUGGGCUCGUUCGGAGGCCAGGACCGGCAUUUCGCCAAGGAGAGUGGUGGCCAUUUCGUGCACGAUUUUGUUGGGUGAUGCCAUGGUGGCUGCUGGUGGUGGUGGUGGCUUGAUCAUCAGCUAGCUUAUGAUGCACAUGCAUGUAAUGUACUAGUAGUAUGCUAGAAUGGUAUAUAAGUCGAUCACUCGGUGGCUUGGGUUGAUCGGGUUUGAAUCUACUUAUUUUGGAGGGUGGAAAGAACAUUGCUGACAGACCUUCAUGUCGAUCCAGGUAUGCUGUCAAAUAUUUGAUUUCCUGGGCUAUUACAGAGCUUGAGAAUACCUUCCCAAGACACGUUGUUUGCUCUAAGCUGAGAUUAACCUAUGAUGAAUUGAUGACUGCAUUGGCUA